AUGAAACAACCUCUAGGUUUUCAUGAUCCCCUCAAACCUUCUCAUGUUUGUCUUCUAAAGAAGUCACUUUAUGGAAACAGGCACCAAGAGCUUGAUGAUGUCAUUAUAAUAGGAUCAAGCACAGCUUUCUUAAGCCAGAUUAUUCAUUAUUUGGGUACACAUUUUGCUCUCAAAGACCUUAGAGUUGUUCAUUACUUUCUUGGCAUUGAAGUCAAGCAUUUCAGUGGGGGACUCUUCUUGUCUCAGUCCAAAUACACACAGGACCUCCUUAAGCGUGCAAACAUGCUUGGAGCAACACCUAUGUCUACUCCCAUAUCUAUCAAACCACUAACUCUACAAGAUGCAACUGAACCCAUGGAUGCAACAGAGUAUCGCAGCAUUGUUGGUGCCUUACAGUACCUAACUUUUACUCGUCCAAAUAUUCAAUAUGCAGUAAAUAAGGUUUGCCAACACUUUCAGAUCCCUACGAAGGCAAAUCUUCAAGCAGUUAACUGCAUUCUACGCUACUUGUGUGGAACCUUGAACUAUGGGAUUCGGUUAUUGGCACAAACCUCCUCUACUUUGUUUGCUUAUUCAGAUGCUGAUUGGGCUGGCUGUCCCAUUAGAAGGAGAAGUACAUUAGGUUACUGUGUUUAUCUAGGAGCUAAUUGUGUGUCAUGGUCCUCCAAGAAACAAGUCAUUGCCUCACGUUCAAGUGCUAAAGCAGAAUACCGAGCUAUGGCUGCAGCCACUGCUGAAUUGCUUUGGUUGUCUUAUGUUCUUCAAGACAUUGUCUUUAGUUACAUAAAACUAGUUCAGCCUUUAUGUGAUAACAUGAGUGCAUUACAUAUGACAAUUAAUCUAGUCUUUCAUCAACGGACUAAGCACAUUCAGCUGGAUUAUCAUUUUGUAAGAGAAAAGUUUUUUGAUGACACAAUGCUUACAAGGUAUUUACCAUCUUCUCAACAGGUAGCAGAUGUUUUUACUAAAGCCUUAUCCAAACAAUCAUUUGCUGCUUUUCGUUUCAAGUUGGGAGUGCCAUCUAAUCCACUCAUCAGCUUGAGGGGGCCUGAUAGAACAUGGAAAUCAAAUUAUCCUGAGUAA